AUGGGAGGUGACUCAGUUGUAAAUCUCGAUGGCUCUGCUGCCACUUUGGAGCAGCGGCAGGCAGCAGCCGCUGCCGCGGCCAUUGCAUUCUGUCGUGAAGAAGACGCUUCUCGGCAAGCAGUGGUUCCUUCGAUUCGUAAGAGAGUAUCCAAGCGAACCACCUCGGUGCAUCUACCUCAUGCUCGGGGGAACUCUGAUAUAAUGAACUGCGACCUACAGUCGGCUGGUGUGUAUGUAUGCGUUUUAGAGAUAGGAACUUUUCAUUUCGUCGAAAUUACUUCUCACUUGUUAAGCUUACUUCCAUUUCGAGUGGAAGUGUUCGCUGAAGUGAUUCGAAGGUCGAUUCCACCAGAAAACGACGGUGAUUAUGUUGACAAACCUUUCGCUGGGUCUGGCGGACGAAUUCCUGGUGACUGUAUCUCUGAAGGAGGUGAAUUCUACGAGGUAGCUGAUGAGGAAGAAGAAGAACGUGAUGAAACCGCCGGCGAACUUUGGCAACAUGUAGUUCUAUUUGCUGUCGACAAACCAGCAUUUAUUUCUGCCCUUCUAAAGCAUGCGGCUAGUGAGGGCUUCGAUCCCAGACUGCUCUUGAAUAAAAUCGCACCGAAUACGAAGAUUCCAGCACUCAGAGAGUCCCUUAUGAAGUUGAUGAAUGACUAUCAGAUGCAAAUAGAUCUGCGCCAUAAUUGCCAGCACAUUCUGCUCUCAGAUGUUCAUCGUCUGCUCGAGCAACUGGUUGAGUUACAUUCAGCUGGUCUUCGCAUUGAACAGCCACAUGAUAUUUCCUUCUGUUCAGCUUGUUCCCGCCACCUUUCUAUCAUCCCACCGACAGCCAUACCUAAUUCCUUGGCCAGAAAAGUAUGUGACAGUGACGGCAACGACAGAGACAACUUGUUGGCCUUUGUAUGUCAGCAUGUGUUUCAUGCGGCCUGUGUCGAUGCACCAGUCGGCGGCUUGGUAGGGUUGGCUAAUUGUCCAACUUGCAUGAAGGAGCGUAGUUCUGGGUAG